AUGGAUCAAACUCUGUAUUUCUCUCUUCUUCUCAUUGCUCUCUGCUCCGUAUCUGAAUGUGUUCAGCGUCAGUAUCACUUUAUAAAUGAGAGGAAGACCUGGACUGAAGCUCAGAGAUACUGCAGAGAGAAUUACACAGAUCUGGCCACCGCUGACAACAUGAACGACACGAACAAGCUGAAGAAGAGUGUGAAUGAUGGAAGUAUUCAGUUUGUCUGGAUUGGGCUGGAGAGGCCAAGUUUUAAUAAAUGGCACUGGUCUUCAGGUGAACCUGCGCUUUAUCUGAACUGGGCUCCUGGACAACCAGAUAACAGUCUUUGUGCUGCGAUGUUAAAUGGACAAUGGCAUGAUUUGGAAUGUAGUGAUACCCGAUAUUUCAUUUGCAACAACACAAACACAGGACUUGUCUUUGUCAAUCAGACGAUGAACUGGAGAGAUGCUCAGAGUUACUGCAGACAGAAUCACAUUGAUCUGGUCAGUGUGAGGAACCAGAACGAGAAUCAACAGAUUCAGCAGUUCAUUAGUGACAGACAGUUAUCAGGAUCAGGAUCAUUUAUCUGGAUCGGUCUGUUCAGUGACUCAUGGCAGUGGUCAGAUCAGAGUGACUCUUCAUUCAGAGACUGGGAUCCUACUCAACCUAAUAAUUGGGGAGGUAAUGAAAACUGUGCAGUGAUUGAACAUCCCCCUCAUGGAAAAUGGCAUGACAUCUCUUGCACCGAUCAAUAUCCUUUUGUGUGUUAUGAAGAUCCUGAACUGAUUGUGAUCAGAGAGAAUGUGACGUGGUCUGACGCUCUGAGAUACUGCAGACAGAAUCAUGUGGAUCUGGUCUCGGUUCAUUCAGAAGAGAUGCAGCGUCGUGUGAUGAACGUGGUUAAACAUGCGUCUACUGCGGAGGUCUGGUUGGGUUUACGUCACUCCUGCACUGUGGGCAUCUGGUACUGGGUGAGUGGAGAUACCGUGUGCUAUCAGAACUGGGCUCCAGGGAACGGCACAUCAGAGGAGGACUGUGAACACACAGUGAGAUCUGGAGCAGUUCAGUCUGGAGGAGAUCAGCGCUGGAUCAGCCUUCCUGAGACUCACAAACUCAACUUCAUCUGCAGAACUUAUGAAGAGUGAAAGGAAACACAGAACUUUCAUGUGAGAUAUAAAAUCCUGUGUGUUGCUUUAACUUCAUUAAUCACUUUGUAAAGCAAUACUUGUACAUAUAAUAUUUUCUAAC